AUGAUGAAUCAAUCAUCUAAUGUACCAACGUUAUCCCCGUCAUUGCCUAUAUUCGAUAAUACAUCAUUUUUCAUUUCGGAUCAAUUAUUAAUUGGCAGAUCUUCGAAUACUACUUGCACUCAAAUCAAAUAUGAAUAUAUUUCACAAAAACCCUUGUUUAAUAUCGUUCGUUACAUCACGCAUAAUCUCAAUCGAUUCUUUAUUUUACCUGCAAUUAUCUUGAAUCUAUGCGCGUUCUAUAUUCUACGACGAACACGAAUGAAUCGAUCAUCAUCGAUUGCAUUCUACAUGCAAACUUUGGCUAUAUGUGAUGUAGCAUUUUUUGCAUUACGUGUUCUCUUCGGAGAACUGUCAAGUCUAUCAGCAAAUAAACAUAUAUUAACAACAGGAUUGUGUAAAUUUCUAUUUUUGAUGGUUAAUGCAGUGAAUUAUACCACCGUAUGGCUUAUUGCCGCGAUGAAUGCCGAUAAAUUUCUUGCUGUCUGCUUACCAUUACGCGUAUCGGAUUUACUAUCACGAAAAAAAGCGUACGGCGUCGUCAUUACUGUUAUUAUUUGUUCGAUGCUUGUUGCAUCUGUACAUGCCAGUCGAACUGUAUUAAAGAAUAAUGCGUAUUGUUGGCUUAAAACGGCUGAAGAUGAAAAACUUGUUUUCAUUCUUGAUGCAUUUUUUUGGUGCUUUAUUCCAUUUAUUGUUAUUUCAAUUCUAAAUGCUGCCAUUUUCCUUGCCCUAUUUCGGGCACGUCGCGAUGCAUCACUUUUACACGAAUCAACGUCGAUCACACGAACAGCGAGCAAUCCGUUUCGUUCAUCGGUAAACAAUCGUGCACGUAUCCAGUCACAAAAUCUGCAAAUCACAGUCAUGCUGAUUACCAUUUCGAUUUCAUUCUUCGUGUUAACAUUACCGAAUGCAAUCUAUUAUUUAAUGAUCUUUCUGCGCGUGUUCAUCGAGAGCUGGAAAGCAGUCAAAUGCGACAACAAUGUCUAUCGAAAUCUUGAUACUUAUGUUCAGACAUCAGCUGUCAUGUAUUUGAUAUCGAAUAUUACAUCCGAUCUCAUGCAUGUCGUCAAUUUCUUCCUUUAUUUCAUCAGUGGUGCACGAUUUCGGAAUGAGUUCCGUCGGUUAAUAUUCUACAAAUUAUGUCGUUGGUGUUGCAAACAACAAAAUAAACUCACUCACAAGGAUAAUAAAGGAAAAAGUGCAUUUAUUCGCGUGAAUGGUGUGACAACUAUUCGAACAUUGCCGUCGUGUUUGGAUGAAAGUAAACAACACUCAACGUCGAAUAAUUCUUGUACAGCAAUGCUGAAAGACAAACAAUUCGGACUGGCGCGAUCACCAACAAAGAAUCUUUCGUCACGUGGUAGUAACAAAUUACGACAAAAUCAAUAUAUGUCUAGUGCAACGGAUGUAAAUGACAAAAAGGAGAGUGAUGAUCUUAUUAGACAAUGA